AAGCGCUCACACCCGCUUUUAUCAUGUGACGUUUACUCUUAAUGGUUACUUAUACUACACUAGUGACAUCAACUGUAAAAAAGUGGUAUAUCAACUUUAGUGAAUUUUUUAAGAUUGCUUAUGAUGCUGUCAUAGAGCCAUAUGCAAAUAAUUUCAAGAAAUUUUCUGAAAAUGGAGAUAGAGAAGAAAUGAUUAAAGUCCUUAUAAGCAUACCGAGUAUUGAAAAUAUAAAAAUUAUUGAAUCAUAUAAGGGUAAGGAUGAUAUUAAAGCAGCAGAACUUUGUAACAAAAAUCGCGAAAUGAUAGUUAAAGAUGGAAUUGUGCACGAAGAAACAAAUAAAAGUAGUAUCCUUACCGAAACACUGUUUAAGGCCAGUGUAAGUAGUAAAUUGUUUCUAGAUGCGCUUUUAGAUUGCGCACACUAUUAUUAUAAUUCGAAAGCUUUUGUAAAAUGCUUAAAAUAUUGUGAAUGCAUGCUUGCACUUCCUGAAAAUCUUUACAAUACAACUACUGAAAGUAUAAACGGUUUUUUGGAACAUAGAAAAGCAUGUAUGCAAUUAGAACGUGAAUGCUAUAAAAGUUUGAAAGAAUCAUCUUCUCAGGACAAAAGAUUGCAUAAAAAAUACAGUAAAAAUCAAAAUACUUCCUUCGAGAUAGCAAAUUAUGUACCAAUAAUUCCUACUCUUAAUGGGAAACAACAUACUAUUCUUAAAAGUUGUUCAGAUGCUGUUACUUUACAAUUUGAUGAAAAACGAGGUCGACAUCUUAUAGCUACCAAGAACAUCAAAGCAGGAUCUGUUCUUAUUGUUGAAACACCAUUUGCUUUCAGUACAAAUAAAGAAGCACUUGGUAGAAAUUGUUUACAUUGUCAUAUUACUCUAAUGUCGAGUAAUAGUGUUAAAAUUCCUUGCCAUUAUUGUCAAACAGUAUCUUUUUGUUCGGAAAAAUGUCGUAGUAAAGCGUGGCAAAUAUAUCAUCAGUAUGAAUGUUUCAUAUUUGAUGCUUUCUUUGAAAAUGAUUCCGAACAAAUACAACGAAAUACUUCAUAUUUGUUGUUAGCUUAUAGAAUGAUAAUUUCAGGAUUUUUAUCUUCAACUGAACAAAUUAACAAUAUCGAAAAAAAAAAAUCUUUUCUAAACAAUAAUUUUCUUCAAUAUUAUGUUACAAAUAUAAAUAAAGAACGUAGUAAUUUAGGAACAAAUGAAAUUUAUAAUCCUUACGAUUAUCGUACUAUAUUAAAUUUAGAAACUCAUUGUACAAAAAUGGAACCUAAAACAAAUCUCAUUCGUGCUAUCGAAGCUAUAUUUUUAGCAAAGUGCUUUACUUUUGUCUUGAGUAAAAUGGAUGUUAUUUAUUUAAAAGAAUCCUUCAUCUCUUUGGCAGUAGCAAUAUUGCAUCACUUACAGGCUAUUAAUUGUAAUGCUUAUGAAAUUGUGGAAAAUAUAUAUGACAAAAAAACACAUAUUUGGGAACCAAGACAAAUAGGUGGAGCAAUUUAUCCUUCGGUUAGUCUUAUAAAUCAUAGUUGUUAUCCAAAUGUUGUUCGUCAUACUUAUCCAUCAGGAAUAGUUGUAGUAAGAACAUUACGUUUUGUUGGUAAGGGUACAGAAAUUCUUGAUUGUUAUGGACCACAUUGGCUUAGUGAAAACAAGUUAUCAAGAAUCGAAUAUUUAUGGAAAAAAUACCGUUUUCUAUGUACAUGUGAUGCGUGUAUUCAAAAUUGGCAAUAUCCGUUACCCGAAAUAAUGAAAUAUAAGUGUAAAACAUGUUUAGAAAUUAUUGGCAUAAUUGCAUUAAAUGAAAAACAUAUGCAAAAUAUAUUAAACAAACAAUGUAAUUGUACUAAGACAAUUAAUUUAAAAAAGAUAAAAAAUCAACUUCAAAAAUCAGUUAAAAAAAGAUUAAAUGCUAUUUCUAAAAUGCAUGAAGGCCAUUAUGAACAGCCUCUUCUUCAAUUACUUGAGCAUAUACAAUUUAUUGAAAAAUUUUUUAUCACACCCAAUAUGGAGACUAUCAAAACACAACAAUGUAUUAUACAGUGUUACAAUCAAUUUGCUUGUACCUCUCAAUAACAAAAGGCAAUAAAAAUUACUAAUCAUAUAUAAUAUAUAUCAUAUGCACACACGAGUAAACACACAACAUACACAUAGCUUUGGAUCUGUAUCACAAGUAAUCAUAAAUAAGAUCCUUAUUAUCUUUUACAUUAA